UAUUUGCUCGGAACUCAUGUUGAUCAACUCUAUAAAUAGAAAAAUAGAGGAAGCUGAAGAUGUUACAGACAUUACUUUUUUAAUAUUUAUCUUGGCAUUCGCGGUUAUUUAUACCAUCGUCUUGGAAUUGAUAAGCUUACGAAAAUAGUUUUUAUGAAGAUUUUUAUGAACCUCGAUCACUACGUUGCGAAUAUAUAUGGAUUAUGGAAUAUUUUAAGGCGGGGAAAUGUGAAGAAUUCGUUAUAAUAUUGAAUAAAUGAAACUAAUCUUUAUUAUGCUUCGCUUCUUUAAUCCUAUUCACGUUUUCAGUCGUUAUGUUUAAUUUGCUAAUCAUGUAUCCGUGAAUGGUAAUAGAAUUAAGAAAUAUACUCCUUUAAUUUGAGCUGGUGAAUUUCUCUUUCGGGAAGUUCAUAUAUCGAACACUCAAUGAACCAUUCUACGCUUAUAUAAAGAUAUAGUUCAUUAGGCAUUUAAGAUCGAUGUAGAUAACGUUUUAUCACGAAUUUAUCAAAGUUACGACGAUCGAAGUACUUUGGAAAGAAACUGAAAGUAUAGGUCAAUGUGACUCGGGCAAAAUCUUAGAUCAACUUCAGACGGCAGCGCGGGAGUGCGAUUAAUUUAAUAUGCACGAACCAGCAUGGUAACUUUCAUCAACGUGGGAUAGAGUUAAACUUGUCCUUGUUUUGUUUUGUACUGAAAACUGUUAAUGAACGUGGCAGUUUAUUCGCCUAAUGCUAAGGUCACUGUUGCCACCUUCUAAUACUUCAACAUCACGUUCACGGCCAACUACGAGUUGCUAAUUUCAUUGUCAAUUUAUUUAACUUUUGCAAUUCCCGUUGUUGUAUUCGUUUAAAACAGAAAAGUCGAGAACAGUUUCAAUCUACGUAAAUGUGGUUACUAUCUGCAAAAGAAAGAAGCGUAUAUCGACAAGAUGAUAGGAACAAAAAUAACAAAUUUCAUCGUGAUAAUUCCAACUUUUACAGGCGAUAAGAGAAAAAUGAUUGUAAAUAUCGAUAUAAUUCUACCAUGGAAGAUAAGCGAGCAUCUGAACUUAGUGUCCAUCAUAAACUGUUAGACUGCUUCCAUGCACGAUCUCGCAUAAUCCUCACAUUUUCUCCUAUCGCAUUCUUCCAUAACAUUUCAUCUGCCCGAAGUCAACAUGUAAAAUGGAGCGACUACCGUAAACACGAAUUUUUUCAAGAUUCUCCGCUUCUUUUCGCAAUCACUUCGAAGACAAAAGAAACGAAGGACAGACCAUCCGUAAAGUAUAGACUUGGAGAUUUCAUGAAGCAUCCAUUAAGAGAUAAAGAUGCUAUAUUAGUAAAUCGACGUCCCAAUUGUACACUUCGAAUCCAUUACACACGUUUUUCGGAUUAGGCGGUUCCCGUGCGUUGCGAAAGCCUGUCGUCGGCCGCACUUUGCGUGCACCGCGCCUCCUACGAGGAAUUGCACCCCCGUAAUUGCGAAUGCAACGACGGAAGUGAGUGCACUCGCCGCGGCGUUGUACACUGUCAUUAGAAAUGCCAAUAUGCCGAUCGGCGCACGGAAAAAGUGCACGCUUCCACGAUCAGCAAGGAAAGGGGCGACCAAUUACUCAUCCCGCUAUAAAACAUCCACUUUUCCAUGUCUCCGAUCAGUUUUCACGUCGCGAUUCUACGUCGAAUUUCCCUUUGCCCGAUAACGGUUACGAUCGACAUGUGCAAUACCUAGUGGGAAUACGCUGUCGAUUUUAUCAAGCAACGACAGAUUCUGUGUCAAAUGGAAGGUGCGCCUGUUGCGCAGAAAUGACGUCCAAGUGUCGAUUUUUGUUCUAUGAAUUCGCGUGGACGUUGAAUAACGAUUAAGUAUCAGUGUUGUUAAAUAUAUUUAAUACCUUAUCGUUCGAUAAAUUGUCUCGUAAAGAAGAUCAAUAACGAUGUUUUUCCUGUUGUCGAGGAGAAUACCAGGGCCCUAUACGAUGCUCGCGCUUAUAGCGACAAACCUGGUGAUUUCAACGGCCGCACCGUUGUCGAAACAUUUGUCAGAAGACGCUUCGAACGACGCGAGAAACGGGUUCUCUGCCGUGCCAAAAAUUCUGGAGAUUCAGUUGCCGCUGAAAAUUGCGACCAAGGACGACUUGGUAGCAUGGGCCAGGUACGUUAUGGGACUAAUGGCGUCUCGAAUAAAUAUCACUCUGACUACUGUGAAAGAGUCGCCGUCAAAACCUACUGGAAAUGUCAAAGCUGCAGAAAGCAACAGAGGUUUCGACAACAGCAAAGGUUUCGAGAGCGUAAGACCGCAGAACAGCGGUAGAAAUUUGGCGUUGCAAAAUUUUGAUAAUAUCAAACCUAUCAAUGGUAUCCGACAUUAUACGAACACAAACAGCGUCGAGAACACGAGAUACGCCGAGAACUUUGAAAAAACGAAAAUUCCAGCAGCUGUUAGAAUUCUGGAGAACGGUAGACACACGGAAAACAUAAGAAUUGUAGAGAAUGGUAGGCAUCCUGGAAACGUUCGACUUUUGGAAAACGGUAGACAACCUGAAAAUGUUAGAGUUUUAGAGAAUCGUAGACAACCCGAGAACGUUAGAGGCCCUCAAAGAAAUGGAAACCUUCAGUUAUCGAACGAUAAGGUGUACGCUACUGCGCAGUUGCCAUCGUUUACGAUCAACGGGGCGACUACGAAGAGUUUAUUUAACAACAAUCGGCAACUUCAACCAACAUUUAACAACUUCGCCAUCACCGAUACCACUGUUCCAAGUCCACUAGAAAUCACAGCGAAUAUAAAUAUUCCAAGAUCGAGAUUCAAAGAGCCAACCACCAAAGAUACCUUCGACAUGACGAAUUUAUUGAAAUCCGCGGAUCGACAGCUGUUUGUCCCUCAAUUUCCUGACUUUGGUCCAGCUAUUGGCAUCGACGUGAGACCUACUGAUGUCGUUCAAAAUACAAACGUAGUUUCGCCUCCUGCGAGGACUUAUCUACCUGUGACCACGACUAAUGACAACAUCAAGUUCCCAAAUGAUCCUUUUGUUACUAGAUACUUUUUCGACGGAGUCGAAAGGAAUAUUUCCAGUAACCUGGGUAUCGCAGAUGAGAUCACGUUCACCACGCGGAGUCCUUUGGUUUUCAACGAUGAGAUACCAUUGAAAGGCGUUGAUUUUCUAUCUCAACAGAGGAACAUAAGUUCUGUAAAACCGCUGUUCAAAGUUCCUUUCGAAGCGGUGAUUACGUUUACCCACGAAGAACCUGUACAAACGACCACGUUGAAGAACGAGGGUGGUAAAUACUUCACGAUACCAACUAGAGAUCCUCUUGAUCAAUUUCCACCUUAUUUUGAUACCAAUUAUACUGUGACCAACGAAUCUGGACAAAUCAACGUUGUACUCGAUGAUAGCAUUCAAGUAAACGAAACAACGAACAAUUCUAAAAAGGAGGAGCGGAAGAAGCAAGAGAAGAAGAAGGACGGCGCGAAGAAGGACAAGUCGAAGAAACAAAAAUCUGAAGGAAAGCGUCAACCGUCACCGAUUAGUCAGUUAUUGAAGACGAUAGUCGCGAUCAGAAGAAAUAAUACUCCGUCGACGAAUCUUACGCCGCCUCCGUUGAACCAACAGACAUCAUCGACUACGCAGAGGGUUCCAGAGCGUCAAAGGGUUCCACAAUCUCAGAGAACUCAACUUUAUUCUACUCAGAAGCCACCGUCUGCGCUCAAACAAAAAGGAAGACGUAAUCAGACGUCUUUGGCUCAACAAGUUGAGGAGGAUGACGACAAUGGAAGCAAAGAGGAUAAUGGCAGCAACGAGGACGAUAACAACGAGGACGAUGGUGGGAAAGAAGGUAACAAAAGUAAAGAAAAUAGCGGCGAAGAUAACGAUGGCAUCGAAUCCGAUGAAGAAAAUGAUAACAAGAAUGGCUCUGAAGAGAGUUCUAACCAAAGCGAGUCAGAUGAAGACUAUGACGACGACGAAGAAGGUGGUCCCAUACAAACCAUCAUCGACUUACUUAUGCUUGUCGCACCAGCUUUGGAAGAUCUUAGCGACCCUGACUCCGAUGCUGAUAUUGCCGAUUUACUCGAAGUAGGAAUUCCAAUACUUCAAGACCUGUCGGACGGAGAUGCUGAAGCAGGAGGAAGCGAUAUCCCAGCACUGUUGCUUCCAAUCUUGUUGCAACUUAGUAGAGGUAAAAAUGGCGAAAGAGAUUCGGCUGCGAUUUUGACACCGCUUCUUCAAUUAGUUGCACCGCUAAUCGGGCCCAUUAUUGGUCCAUUGGCUGUACCAUUGAGUCGUCAAAUCAGUAACGCUCCAGGUCAAGGUGGAUCGAGUUUUGGUGAUCUGAUUAAGGCUUCAUUGGGUCCCUUGCUCGAACCGGUUGGACCUGGAAAGAUGACGGUGCUCUCAAACCUAAUCGCCGGAGUUAUCUCUAGUCUUAGCAAAAAUUCAGGAGCUGGUGGUAAAUCAGAUCUAGCGAGUCUUGUGAAAGCGGUGGUCGCUGGAGCUAUAGCAGGCACCAGUGCAGGUUCCAGUGGUUCCAAUGGUGCCAAGGACACUUAUGGAGCUCCCACCAGCUAUGGUGCUGACCAUAGUCCUCCCCGUCCAUACGGUUACGCUAAUUGUCGACCUGGCUAUGGUGGAAGGUGCUAAAGAGUUUUUUCACAAUGAUUUCUUCACAACGUCUUUCACCACAUCAAUUUCAUCUCUAAUUAAAUAAACAUCAUGAAUGAUCAACUCAUAAACAUAUGGAUCUUCGAUCUUAAUCCUGCUCAAUAACUAGGUCACAAAGACAAAGUUCGCGGCCUUCGUUGCGUCCUUCGAUGAAAGGAUCAAAGAACAUCUUUUUAUAAAUGACGAAUCUUUGUUAUGAGUAAAAUUUUCCAAGAUAUAUUUUUAUAUACCUAUAGUAAGUAGGAUAAAUUUUUUAAUAUUUUCCACUGAUGUUAAUUUAAAUCCAGAUAUACGAUUAAUUUAUAGACGUUUUAUUGCAUUAAGAAUAGAUUGUAAUAGAAUGCGCAAUGGAAUAUAAUUAUGGUUCACUGCAUCAAUUUAAAGUUAAUGACAGUUUUCUCAACAUCGAUUCAUAUAACAUGCAUCUGUAAUUAAUGACAUUCUAAUACAAUAGUCCAUGAGUUUCUCAAUGACAAUGAUUUCAACACAGAACGAAAUGAAAGCAUAAGCUCUAUUCGUUACGGUGAUCAAUAAUCACGUAUAUAAAGUUGUUAAUAAAAUAGUUUGCACUUAUGACAAUCGAUUAAUCUUUUGUCGGGAGCUCACUGUUCAAGUACUUGCGUAGCCAUUAUAUAUUAAGAAAAAAUAAAGAAAAACAUCUCAGUGGA